AUAAAGCAACGAUGCUUCGAGUAGUUAUACGACACCGGAGUUAGUACGAUGAAGCGGCGGUGCUUCAAGUAGUUAUUUCGUCGAGACCGAUGUUAGUACGAAUUAAGUAAACGAUGGAUGACAAAAUUAGUAUACAGACGACAUUGACUUUAGUUAAUAAGAAUUGAGUACGUUGCAGCAGCUUUGUUGAAGAUCGAUGCUAGCCCGGCUAACUGAUGCAAAUAUCUUCGUGUCAUGUAGAGAUCACUUCUGGAGUGCCUUGUUCAAAGGGCCUGAAAAAUCGGGCGUCCCCGAUAAGGGCUCAGCUGAGCCACCGGUGUACCCAAUUCGAUUGGGUUCAGACUUACGAGAAAAUAUGUGCAAGACCGGUGUGUAUAUCAUUCUUGGCCUGUCUCGCGCACAAGAAUGAUAUUUACCAGCGUGCCAGGCCGGGCCUGUGUCACAUAUUUUAAUAUUUUUUUAUUAUACUGAGCUAGACCGGUGUAGUAACCAGCGUGCCAGGCCAGGCCUGUGUCUCAGUCUUCCUCUUUUUUUUAAUACUGAGCUAGACCGGUG